CUUGGAGGCUUUUAUGGAUGCACGGUUACUGGACAACGUCGACGAAGCUCCAUUUUUUGCACGAUGCGUGGCAUCUGGGAACCGAAACAGGAAUAGCAAUUGCCAUGGCUAUAAGUGCAAUUCUAUCUUUUGUAUACGAGUUCCUUGACCUAAUUUAUUACAGAAUUAUUACCACGAUGAGACAAACAGAAAACAAUUUUCAGCAAUCUACGGCAUGCAACCCUAUUGUUCUCCCUAGGCGUUGCAUUGGAUCGCUUUUGUACAUAAUAAGGGUUAUCAAUGGGUACAUCCUGAUGUUGUGUGUUAUGACGAUGAAUGUAUGGAUAUUCGUGUCUGUUUUGGUGGGAACCAUGCUAGGCUUUUUUAUCAAAUACUACUUCAGAGGAAAAAUUUCUUCCAAAUCAAAAGAAGAAGCUAAAAUCAAAGAAGCACAACCCGAGCAGAGACCAAACUGCCACAAUACAUCAAACGAAGCAGAAACUCUGCUUCUACAAAACAUUCCAUGUGGUGGAUCCAAGUCUAAGAAAAAUAAGACUGGUCAUAAAAUUUCACAAGUUUAAGAAGAAAUAGGGAAAAUUACAACUUUCUUUUGUCUUGUAUCUAUUUUGCUAAACGUGUAUUUCCUAAUGUUUUGGAUAUAUCAUAUGUACAGAGGCAACAUGAGCUGCUUUUUCGGAGUCGGAAACUUUUACUGUAAAAUUAUAAUUCACUUAAUUACUAACAGAAAAAAAAAACCAAGUCCAAAGACUUAAUUCUGUUAAUAUUUGUGUGGAAUAAUAUUUAGAAGCCCUGAUUGUUGCAAAAUUACAAAAAUCAAUUUCUUAUAUAAAACUAUUUUACAUUCCAUACUAUAGAAAUCUUCCUUCUGACAAAAUCUAACGCUUAGUUUAAGCUUAUUUAUCAUUAAGGUUUAAGUAUUAGUCAGAAUUGUAAUAGUAGCACAUUUAUAUAUCAAAGUAAAUUUCUUAAAAGUACAGCUCAUAUUGUUUUAAGUAAAGAGCUCAA